AUGCAGCUUCAAACUAUCGCUCGUCACACCUCUCCCGAGGAUGAAGUCGCUGGUCUCUUGAUCUUCUCCUCUGCAGGUGCUGGGAUUACUGCGCCGUCUUCCGGAAUCACGCCCAUUUACCUGAGAUCACCACGGACCGUGCGGAGCCCCUGGCAUCCCGAGACCGCCAGCGACUGGGCAGCGGCGUUGGAUGGUACCGAGUGCGGAGCCCUGUUGGGUCGGGAUAUUUCCGUCGUCUCCAAGACUCAAGCCAGCCAUCGUGAAGGGGCCUCUCGUAUUCGUCGGAUGCGUACCACAAAACGUCCCAACCGCCCCUGGAUGGAGUCUUUCCUCAACUUCUCCUUAGUUUCUUUGGCACUACUCUUGAGUGUUGAGCCUCAUGAUAACCUGCUCCAUUACACUGCGGUCGAGCUACCCGUGGCGCGAACCCGGCGCUACCUCGUCGAUGAGAUGGUUUCGUUAUUCGGGCUGAAAAUUGGAGCCGAGAAAAAGCGAAAACCCGAACAAGAAUUGUCGACGACCACUUUCCAGCAGAGGCAGAUCGAACAGUGGGCUAGUCGGCAUACAGGCCAGCGCAAGAAUGGCGAGGUCUCUCCCGGACUGCCUUAUGUUACAGGUCCUCGGCCUUCGACGGCGAAAGCCAGCCAUGGACCACCAGUGAGCCAUUCCAUACAGGCUUUCUAUAAUCCAGGAACCCAAAAUUUGGCAUCUUCCAGCAUGCUCGACCUCUCUCGCCAGGAGAGCAACGGUGACGCAGCCCUUCCCACGUUGCGGCCGGCGCUAUCGAAUCCGAAUCUUGGGACGCGAUGGAAUAACGGCUCGUCCCAAACUUUAGGGACUGCAGCAUCAGGUGGAUCGGGUUCAACCGUUUCUCAACCGAAUACAGCUAGGAUCAAGCCGCUUGACGUCCAGUCCACCAAUGUCUCAUCGACACCGACUACGACUUCGCCCUUGAGUCAAGAACAUCCAAGGUUCCCAGCAGAUGACGAGAAAACAUUGGCUCCCAACAUGGACACUUCCCAUCCGUUGCCACGUCCACUACAGAUUCAUAAGGCACAGCCUCCGGCUAUCCCGCCCAGGAGUGCUCGGCGCAAUGUGCCUACGCCGCCGCCGUCGGUAAAAGCAUCAAGUGAGAUAGACCGACUAUCGAUCUUAGAGAGGCCGAUUUUACCCGCUGCAGCUCUCGAUGCUCGACCGUCAAGUAGAGGUAGUAAUCGGACCAUUCCCACCAGCAUCAAGGAGCUGAUGGACACGGAUGACUACAUGAGCCCUGGAUCCGUGUCCGUACCAACGCCACCACCCUCCCUGCCUCGAGCAAGCAACGAGACUAUCAAUCGCGGCUCUAUGAAUGAGUGGGGCGAACCAGUUAUUCAAACUGUUCGGGCCAAGCGAGAAACUAUGACCAUCAGCCCAGCCCGCAGGCGGAGCUCGGAGAAGAUGGUUGAGAGCCUCGACAGGUCUACCAGAUUGGCUGAAGAGCAGCGUCCCAAGACCGCCGGGAACCCUCGAGCGGAUCGACCAAGCCCGCUGAAUAUGGACCUCAGACCCGACACUCCAGACUUAGGUGGCCCAAGCAGUGCCCCCUUUCCCGCGCGACAGCGUUCAGAAAGUCCUUACGGCGGACGUUCCCGCAGCGCCGCGCGUACUGGCGUGCCGGCUGCUGCUGUUGGUGCGCGUGGGCGUCCAAAACGACCGAAUGCAAACGGCGUGCGCCGCCCGGCGGCAAAUGAGUACGACAUUCACCGUGCGGAGACCCCUGUGCAGAUGUUUGGUGAUAUUCGCCGCGUGCAGACUCCUGUGCAGGUAGAAGAUGUCCGCCCUAAACCAACCCCCGUGCAAGUGGGAGACGUUCGCCGUGUGCCAACUCCUGUACAGAUGUUCGAUGACAUUCGCCGUCGACCAACGCCGGUGCAGAUCGACGAUGUUCGCCAUAUACCAACUCCUGUACAGGUCGAAGAUAUUCGCCGUCCACCAACCCCUGUACAGGUAUUCGACGACAUUCACCGUGUGCAGACACCUGUACAGAUGCUGGAUGAUGAAUCCAUUCGCAGCUCUGGUUCGGAAAGUCUGGAUCCCCCGGACAGCCCUCUUCUUCCACGCACAGGCCCGUUAGCCAGCCCUGUGCCUCCAUUUGAGGAGCCGCCGGUUCAGGUACCGCGAGGGGAACUCAACCUGGGGUUCAGUUUCCCAGACCGAUCAAGAACCACAGGAGAUCUACCGCGAUUUGUGGACAACACGAAGUCAGACGAGGGCUUCAAACCUCCUAUCGAGUCUCCGAGUUGGCCUCUGCCUUCGACAGCUCUGAUGACUGGUGUUGAACUUACGACCUUGUCAACAACUCGAUCACAGUCUCCUUUUGCCAUACCUUCUUUCAGUCGUCCCUGGACGCCAACGAACGCCAGGCCAGGCACGCCUGUGAAGAUGGCCGAGCAGCUCGUCGUACCAGGGAUUCGAGGGCCAAGUCCAAGUCCAAGAGGAGCUCCACCGAGAACAACACCAAAGUACGCUGUAGGCAACCCAAAUGCUAUCCCAGAGCGGUCUGGCGCUAGCUUUAUUUGA